AUGGCAGCCUGUUCAGGUGAGAAUGGUAUCACAGACCUGAAGGCUAAUGCUCUGAGAUCAAUUCCAAAGAUUGAGAGUAUCAACCUGGAAAAAAAUGCCAUCAGGUCCCUCCACCCCCAGGCCUUCUCUGGUGCAGAGCAAUUGAUGCUCCUCAAUCUCUACGGCAACCACAUCACCAACCUUCCACUGAGGGGAUUCCAGGACCUCCGGAACCUUCGCUUCUUCAUGCUGGGACAGAACCAGAUAAGCACCCUCAAACCUGAGAUGUUUGCUGGAAUGGGAAACUUGUCAGAUUUAGACCUUCCUCUCAACGAGCUGACAACGCUCCCGUCUAAUGCCUUUAAGCCUCUGAUUGCCCUAAAGGUUCUGGACCUUUCCCUGAAUCGCAUCCAGAGGAUCUCUCCCAAGGCCUUCACUGGACUCAGACAGCUCAUGUUCCUUAACUUAGACAAUAACAGCCUGAAGAACAUCCCUGCUGGAGUAUUCAGGCCACUGCGAUCUCUGGAGAUGCUAGUUCUAGACAACAACCUCCUGUCCACACUGAGCUCAUCAACUUUGGAUGGCCUGGGCAACUUGCAGGAACUCUACCUGAGGAACAAUGAGCUGAAGCACCUGCCACCUGAUGUGUUCAGGAACAUGACCAAGCUUUCCCAGCUGGCUCUCAAUGGAAACCACCUGAAGACAGUGGAUGGAAACACAUUUGCUCAUAUGCCCCACCUGAUGAAGCUUUACCUCCAUGACAACCCAUGGCACUGUGACUGUAACAUCAUCUCCUUGGUGCAAUGGAUGGAACAGACCAAGGCCAAUCUGUCCCCCCGGGGUGCCCUGAGGUGCGUGAGUCCUCCGGAGCUCCUAAACAAGAGCCUCUCCAGUCUUCAAGCUGACAAGCUGCUGUGCCAUGGCUAACACCAGAAAACCUGUAUGAAGACCACCAUAGCAAGGGCGCGGGCCCAUGGAGAUUCAGAUGAUACAUUUUUACUUUUUUUAAUGAGUUAGUAUAUAACAUACUUAAG